AUGGAGAACAGUACAGAAGUGACACAGUUCAUCCUCCUAGGACUAACCAAUGCCCCAGAACUACAGGUCCCCCUCUUGAUCAUGUUCACUCUCAUCUACUUCAUCAAUGUGGCCGGAAACCUGGGCGUGGUUAUUUUGGCUCUCUGGGACUCUCAUCUCCACACUCCCAUGUACUUUUUCCUUGGUAACCUGUCUCUGGUGGACUUUUGUUAUUCUUCAGCUGUCACUCCCACAGUCAUAGCUGGGCUCCUUAUGGAACACAAGGUCAUCUCCUACAGUGCUUGUGCUGCUCAGAUGUUCUUUUUUGCAGCCUUUGCUACUAUGGAAAAUUUCCUCUUGGCCUCAAUGGCCUAUGACCGCUACGCAGCUGUGUGUAAACCCCUACAUUACACCACCACCAUGACAACAAGUGUGUGUGCAUGCCUGGCUAUAGGCUGCUAUGUCUGUGGUUUCCUGAAUGCCUCCAUCCACAUGGGGAACACGUUCAGUCUCUCUUUCUGUAAGUCUAAUGUGGUCCAUCACUUUUUCUGUGAUAUUCCGGCAGUCAUGGCCCUGUCUUGCUCUGAUAGACGUGUGAAUGAGCUGGUUCUUGUUUACGUAGCCAGCGUCAAUGUUUCUUUUGCCCUCCUAGUUAUCUUGAUAUCCUACCUAUUCAUAUUUGUCACCAUCCAAAAGAUGCACUCAGCUGCAGGACACCAAAAGGCUUUGUCCACUUGUGCUUCUCACCUCACUGCAGUUUCCAUCUUCUACGGGACUAUUAUCUUCAUGUACUUACAGCCCAGCUCCAGUCAUUCCAUGGACAUAGACAAGAUGGCAUCUGUGUUUUAUACUAUGGUCAUCCCCAUGCUAAACCCUGUGAUUUACAGCCUGAGAAACAAGGAGGUGAAGAGUGCAUUCAAGAAACUUGUUGGGACGGCAAAGUUGUCUCUAGGUUUGUAA